CUGCAUCGACACAGGUGGCAAAGUCCAUCAUGCUGGGGGGAAAGGAAGGUGAAGCUGUUCAUGCCUGUCGUCUUAGUUCUCAUUCUCCUCCCUUUCAGACCCUAAAUAUAUCAAAUGGCUUUGAGGCAACUAGAAAAAGAGAAGGGAGAACACAAAAAACAAUUUAAUAAUGUCCAUUGAAGCAAAGAAUUUUGCUUGCCCCCUGUUUUAGAUGAAAUAUCACAUGCCCCAGCAGGUGAUCUAUAUUUCAUUGCAUCUUUAAAGAUGCUCAGGUCUGGAGAGAAUUACCUGCCAUCAGAAUCUGGAAGAAUAGACACUGCUAAGAACUUCAUCAGAUAUUUUUUUUAAAAGUUAAAAAAGAAAAGAAAAGAGAAAGACACAUAGACACAGCCUGAGAAUUUGAAACAAGAUUGCAACCAUGCAAAUGACCUUGCUAAAGCCAAUUAACAUCUUCUGUUGUAGAUCCUCUGGAGAUACAUGGGUAUAAAAUAAUGUACAACCAAUAACUAUUAUUAUUACCCAUUUUGGGGGGUUUCUUUUUCUGUAGAUAGUAUCAAAGAGUAGCAGCAGAUGUAGGUAAAAAGUGUAAGGGGUCGGUGUGUAGUCUGAAACAUCAAAACAUGUUAUGAAAAAAACAGCAGCAUAUACCAGAAAGGAUGCACUAAUUAUCAGCAGAAAACACUUUUUUUUCCAUUAAGAACUGUGUGGAAUCUUAUUCAAAACCUGUCUGGCUCUUCAGGCAUCACUUACAUAAGUCAUUGUGGCACAUUUUGUUUACCAGACCUUAGGCUUAGUUCAGGAGUUUAGCCCUUCAUGCCUUGUUCUUUCACUCAGUUGGUCCUGGAGGACAACAGAGAACUUGGGGCAGUGAAUAACUCCUCUGAAGCUCCCAUGAGACUCCAAGAACAGGAUGGAAGGAGCAGUUUCAUUGGCCACCAGCUUGGAGGGGUAAUGGAAGUGCCAAACAGCAAGGACCAGAGAGUCAAAUCAGCCAGAGCCAUCCAAAUCACUUACUACCUCCAAACGUAUGGCUCUGUCACCCAGGACCUCAUUGGGGAGAAGUGGGAGAGCGAAUUCUGUAAACUGAUGCACAAGAUGCAGCUGGAUCACCAGGAUCUGCAGCUCUACUCAUUAGCAUCCUUUAGCCUCUGGAAGGACUUCCACCAGACCAGUCUCUUGGCCAGGGGCAAGAUUUUGGUGAGCCUGAUGCUGAUUCUCCUGACUGCUACCCUCUCAAGCUCCAUGAAGGACUGCCUGCGUAGCAAACCUUUCCUGGGACUCCUGGGAGUGCUCACUAUCUGUAUUUCCAGUGUCACUGCGGCAGGGAUAUUUUUCAUUACUGAUGGAAAAUAUAAUUCUACUCUGUUGGGAAUCCCUUUCUUCGCUAUGGGUCACGGAACCAAAGGCGUGUUUGAACUUCUUUCAGGAUGGCGUCGCACCAGGGAGAAUCUGCCAUUCAAGGACCGAGUAGCCGAUGCCUACUCGGAUGUCAUGGUCUCCUACACAAUGACAAGCUCCUUGUAUUUCAUAGCCUUCGGCAUGGGGGCAAGCCCCUUCACCAACAUCGAAGCUGUAAAAGUCUUCUGCCAGAACAUGUGUGUCUCCAUCCUGUUGAACUACUUCUACAUCUUCUCUUUCUUUGGCUCCUGCCUGGUCUUUGCUGGCCAGCUGGAGCAGAACCGGUACCACAGCAUCUUCUGCUGUAAAAUCCCCUCGGCAGAGUACCUGGACCGGAAGCCUGUGUGGUUCCAGACCAUGAUGAACGACGGCCAUCAGCACACUUCCCACCACGAGACCAACCCGUACCAGCACCACUUUAUCCAGCAUUUCCUCCGAGAGCACUACAAUGAGUGGAUUACCAAUAUCUACGUCAAGCCAUUUGUGGUGAUACUGUAUCUCAUCUAUGCCUCUUUCUCCUUUAUGGGGUGCUUACAGAUUAAUGAUGGAGCAAACAUCAUCAACCUUCUUGCCAGUGAGUCCCCAAGCGUCUCCUAUGCCCUCAUACAGCAAAAGUAUUUCAGCAACUACAGCCCUGUGAUAGGCUUCUACAUCUAUGAACCUCUGGAGUACUGGAAUGGUACUGUGCAAGAAGACCUAAAAACACUCAGCCAGGGGUUCAACACCGUGUCCUGGAUUGAACAGUAUUACCAAUACCUUCGAGUGGGUAACAUCAGUGCAACCAACAAAAGUGACUUUAUCAGCAUCCUCCAGAGCUCCUUUUUAAAAAAGCCAGAAUUCCAGCACUUCAAAAAUGACAUCAUUUUCUCCAAAGCUGGAGAUGAGAACAACAUAAUUGCUUCUCGUCUGUACCUUGUGGCCAGGACUAGUGAAAACACGCAGAGGGAAGCAGUGGAAUUGCUGGAGAAGCUGAGGCCACUUUCUCUUAUACAGAGCAUCAAGUUCAUUGUGUUCAACCCUACUUUUGUUUUCAUGGACCACUAUGGUUUAUCAGUAACUAUGCCUGUCCUGAUUUCUGGUUUUGGCAUCCUGCUGGUGUUAAUACUGACCUUUUUCCUGGUUAUCCACCCUCUGGGAAAUUUCUGGUUAAUCCUAAGUGUCACCUCAAUAGAGCUGGGUGUCCUUGGCUUGAUGACCUUAUGGAAUGUAGACAUGGAUUGCAUUUCUAUACUGUGCCUUAUCUACACUUUGAAUUUUGCCAUAGAUCACUGUGCACCCCUGCUUUAUACAUUUGUAUUAGCUACUGAGCACACCCGAACUCAGUGUAUAAAGAACUCCCUCCAAGAGCAUGGGACAGCCAUUUUGCAGAACGUUUCUUCCUUUCUUAUCGGGUUGGUCCCCCUUCUCUUCGUGCCUUCAAACUUGACCUUCACACUGUUCAAAUGCUUGCUGCUUGCCGGCAGUUGCACACUUCUGCACUGUUUUGUUAUUUUGCCCGUCUUUCUAACCUUUUUCCCACCUUCCAAAAAGCACCACAAGAAAAAGAAACGGGCCAAAAGGAAGGAACGAGAAGAGAUCGAAUGCAUAGAGAUUCAGGAGAAUCCUGAUCAUGUUACAGCAGUCUGAAAGGCUUAGAAAAAUAUAAUAGUAUAUUCUCUUUUUAAAAAAGCGUUGCACAGAGAUGCAGGGAAAAUAGAGCAAAGAUCUCAGCUGCUUGUGCUGGCCAGGUCUGACAAGGCAAAGGAAGAUCAAGAAGGGGUAUUCAUGACACCUCAAGGUGCAAACUUUUUUAACAAAAAUAAUGAAAGUGAAAUAAUCUCAAAUGUUUCCUUUGAAUCCUCAUUCUCCACCAGGGAAGAGUCUGUUGGCCAUUAAGUGUUCCUGAGUCUCAAACUGUAACUCUAAUGGGAGUUGCUUAAUAUGUCAUAUGUAGGACAAAAGCUAAGGUGAAAAAAAGAGUUACCAUUAAGUAAACACUAGGGAAAAAGGCAGAUUUGUUUGAAAAAAUUGUCCAUGGAAAAGAAUUAAACAAUAUUUCAAAUGAGAAAAGGUUACAAGACCAAGAGAGAUUGAAAAUGCCAUGGUAAUUUUUUAUUUUCUUGAGCAAGUAAGAUGCAACCUAUGCACUUGGGAAGUAAAUGUUUUAAACUAUCUAAGCCAAAGUACUUCCCAAACCCAGUAUACCUUGUAUAUCUGUAACACCACAAUUAGAGCAUUAUUGCAAAUAUGGAUGGCAAAGGGGUAGGAUAAAAAAUAAUCAUAGCCAUUUGGAAAUCUAACUCGUAGUUCCUUUAAAUGUGACAUAUCACUGUUAUCCCAAGAGGCCACAGCUGGUAGUAAAUACCAUACACCUAUUUUGGUAAUUAUGAAUUUCCCCUUGAAUUAACAGAUCUCACAAAACUAACCCAGGCCAUUGUCUCUGCAGCACUGUUUGCAGUUCCUGCAGUGUAACACUUCUGAAUCCUAAUUUAUCAGUGUUGACAUUAAAUACUGAAUAUUAAUCAAGCGGGUGCUACAAACGCAAUGAUGGAUUGCAUUUCACAGGCACAAUGUGACCGUGUAGCAGCUGAGUCAGCUCUGGAGCACCUGCACAGUCUAGCAUCAUAUAUUUGGUCCAAGGCAUGAAGGGGUAUGUUUGCUGGUCUCUGCAAUAUGCUGCAGGAAGUGGGAUUUUCCCCUUCUUCAAGCAAAACAUGAUACAAAAAUCUUGCCACACUAAAAAAAAAAAAACCACCUUGUAAAUGUUGCAUGGGGCCAGAUCAACCCCUCAUUGCAAGAAGACAGAUUGGUCCCCUGUGGGAAGGGGAGGGGAGGGUGAAAUGUCUUUUUUACUGUUAUUAUUAUUCCUAAAUAUUUGAGUGUUGAUCAUCUGCAACAUAAAGCUUUGUUAUGGCAGUUGAAAUUUCACAGGAGAGUGCAGUAAAUCCUCAGUUACUAUGUGGCACUAGAAAUCGUACUGUAAAGGACUGUGAAUGACUUUCUCUGCUUUGUAAACUAUUCAGCUUAGUAGCCCAAGGGAAGGGAUGAAAACAGAUCUAGCCAUUUCAGUUUGCUCUCGGCCCAGUUCUGCACUGGAGCUUGCCAUGCUGAUCUCUCCUUUCAGUAUUUUAAAAGGGCUUGCUUUCUACUUUCUGGAAUACGGUACAGCAUCACCUCCAUGAGCAAUGUCUUCCUGAACCUAUAGUAUCCAUGAGGACACUAUGUAAAGAUAUCACUAUAUGAAGUGUCUAUGUCUACUUUGUAUUAUUUGUGGGUACCUUUAAAAGAUAAUCUGGAAGCUGUUUGCCUUCCAGAAUGUGUAUACAUGUCUAUUUGUGGCUGAUAACUCAGUCUCAAAACUGCAGUUUGCUGACGAGGAAGUGUACAUAUGUCUUACUAAAAAGCUCUCUGCAAGAUGUUAAUUCUUCGCUAUGUGACAUGUCUCACCUCUUCCUACUGUUUUAUGGUUAGGGAGAGCUGGAAAAAAAUCACCUGCAGUACAAAAAAAAGCCAUUUGAAUGCCAGUUCUAAUGUUCAUGAGCUGCUUCUGCUUCCAAGGAAUGCAAUUUCACCUCUUCUCUAUAUUUUCUGUACUUUGCCAUUAUCAUUUGCCAAAAAUGACCUCUGUGUUUUAGGAGUGGUCAAAGCUCUUGAUUGUUUGAGGAAACUUUUGAGUGCAACCUGUCUUAGAGAGGGAGAAACUUUCUAGACUUCCAAAGUUUGAAUCUAGAUCAGAACUUCAGGGGUAGCUAGAUCAAGGUUACUGGUUUGAGCCAAAAUAUUCAAGGGCCAGAUACAGAACUAAGAUCGAAAUAGUUCAAUAAGGUUUAGAAGCAGGGGAUGUUUUAGUGCUGAGUUAUGGGUCAGAUGUGUCUCUAGUUGGGAAGUUUUUACUGACCUUGUUUUGCAUCUUGAUGACACUGUGCAACAUCCAUCCUGUUUUGAUCAGUCCAUUGUGAAUGUCAAGCUUCCUAAUCUUUUUUGAUUUCUUCCACUGCCCACAUGAAACCUGGAUUGUUGCAGCACUGUGACCCUUGGUCAUCACUUCUGGAGGUGUCACCUGGGAAAUUCCUGGUCUUCCCUUGUACUGCCCAAAUGUAUCCCAGGGAUCUCUGUCAUGAAUUGAGUUGAGGGAAAUAGCACUUUCCAAAGCUAUCAAAGCCAGGAUUCAUCUCAUUUAACUUCCGAUAUUACCAAUGUAAAUAUUUAUGUCUGAACUUCCUUUAUGGCCAUAAGAGAGUAACAGACACUUCUGAUCCAUUUUACAGUUGUAUAUUACAAAUAAAUGAAUCACAUUUUUUAAAAUGCAGAUUUCUGUCCAUCAGUGAUCAAGGAAGCUCAGCAAUCAGCAGACUCAUCCAGGCUUGGGAAGAUUAACCCCACUUAAAAUGACAAAAUAAGUAGAGAAAGAGAAAAUAUUAUAAACAUGCCUCCCAAGCUUCAGUUUUAAGGAUAAAUCCCAGGAAUAACUCAGCCCAAAUUCUAUGUUUUGCUUAUGAAGUUUUAUGCACAACAAAUUGUUUAAAAACCUGGAAUUCCCAUAGCAGAGUACAGUAAGCCCAGACACCAGAAAAUGUCAAUAUUAAAGGUGGGCUCACACAAACCAGCAAGAAUUUGAUGAAGUGUCAAAUCAGCUCCUGUCAGUGUCAUGCAUGUGCAGUAUCACUUAGCACCUACUAUAACAAGUACCAAAUAUAUAGAUCACACACUGGGACUAGAAGGUUUUUAUUUCUCUGUCGAUGCAGGAGUGAAGCAGAAAACAAACCACAUCCUUCAUGGAUGUAAUUUUGAUUUUUUUUCAAACAAUUUCCACAUCCACCAAAAAAGGACCAGUGCAGCCUUUGCUUCUACAAAUACAUCAGUCUCUAUGGAACAAGGAAAACUGGAAUAAUUUUGGGAUGCAGAGUCUCUAUUUUUUAAUUCUUUCUACUUGUUUUUGUUUAUUUUUCUUUCAUUUUUUUUUCAGUACAUUAUACCCAGCACCUUUCCAGCUUAACUGGAGCUGCAUAGCACCUGUGAAGAAAGCACAUAGCUCAUGCCAAGCAAUUUGACACUCUGAUAACCUGCUGCAUACUGGAUCUUCAUUGCACACCUUUUCCCCAGUUACCAUAAAUCCCCUGCAAUACUGUGCAUAUUCCUUUAAUGUCUGAUUUUAUAUAUGGUCUAGAUAAUCUUCCAAGAACCCUGUGUGCAUCUCCUGCUUGGUUUGGUUUCAUUCCCUCAAAGUAUAUUGCUUUGAAUUCAUAGUUGAGAUAACUCUGUUGAAGUCAAUAGAUUUAUUGCCAUGAUAUAUUUGACUUUGCAUGUCUUCUAUCUGGUAAGAAGUGAUACCAUGACAAAUGAGCCUCUUACAUUGUUGGUGUGCUUGUUGAACAAUAUAUCUGUCUAUACUCUAUAGCCAUAGUUGCAUGCUGCAAUGAAGAUCUAUUUCUUUACACUGCAUUUUAACCUCAAUCUAAUAUUCCUUUUUUUCUCUCUCUUUUUAAUUAGAGUUAAGUCUUCACCUUUGUAGUCCAGUACUUGAUGUAGGUUUAUAUUAGAUUUAAGGAAGAAAUUUAUUACUGUGAGGGUAGGGAGGCCCUGGCACAGGUUGCCCAGAGAAGAUGUGGCUGCCCCAUCCCUGGCUGUGUCCCAGGCCAAGUUGGACAGGACUUGGAGCAGUGCAAAGCGUGCUGCCCAUUGCAGGUGGUUGGAGCUAGAUGGUCUUUAAGGUCCCUUCCAACUUAAACAAUUCUAUGUUUCAUAAAUUUAUUGCCUAACAAAGCAAAGAACUCUUUAGGGUCAAGGUAGAUAUGGAUGCAUGACACCUUGCAUGCAUAAUUUAAAGAGAUUAUCUUCAGGGUUAUCACUUUUUACUUCAAACAAUUCCUAUUUAGAAUAUAACCUGCCACAGUUAAUGUCUGUUCAAGUUCCUCAAACAACUCUAGUUUUGAAAUUUUCUCUGAUGGGAUGGAAAAGAACCAGGGGGGAAGGAAGAAUAUGCAGUUAAGUGGUUGUGUAAUCAGCUUUCUUUUUUUCCCCAAAGGCUUUCACUGCUCUACUCCUAAUUAAGUCACACUGAGUAGCAACUCUAGCAUAAUUAAGAUUUAUUUCAACGUAGUUAUUCCAUAUUUCACUAUGACAAGAGCUUGGCUUAUUGUCUUUAUGCAAGUACCAUGCUAAGUCUCUGAUUAAUUUUUCAGUAAUUAUAAACUUUAAUAAGUUAUUUUUCAUUGCAACACUAGGUUUUUGAGUACUUCAAGCUCCUAUUUGAUCUCCUAGGAAACACUGUAAGGAAGCAAAGUUAGGCAGUCAGUGAGCAAGAGACGUGUUGUAGUGCUGGGGAAAUUGGAUUCUUCACAAAGAGGCAGCGUCUCCUCCAACAGGCUUUAAACAAACAGUGAUACUCAGGAUAUCUGAGAAAAUUAAGGUGAAGUGGAAACCAAGUGAAGCAUUGUUUGGAGUGUAACCAAAUUAUUAUAGACAGAUAAAGCUUUGAUUCUUCUCUCGUAACUUCUUACACAGGCAAAAGGCAUUUGAACAGGAAAGGAAACUGGAUAUGGAAAGCACCUCACCCAUCACUUAAAAUGAUUCUUUUCACUGUAGUCUUGCAUAAACAAUGUCACACACCAGUUAGUACUGGUGUAUUUUUCCACCUCGGCACGGGCCUCCCCAUGCCGUUUUCCAUGGAAACAAAGGAAGGGAUUCCAUGUUUGUUUUCACAAACCCUUGGGGAGGAGAUUGAGAAUUGCUUCCUUGCCUGGCAGAACUGUGUGUGGGUGACAGCUGAAAGAUGCAAGUACAGGUUAUUUCAUGCCCCACUUGCUUUCUCUGCCUCCUCAAGAGCAGCAACGCCAUCAAACCCUGGUACCAACCCCAUGCUGAGUGCAGGAAAUCAUAACUUCCCCAGGAGUAACUUGGAAUUUGUGAGCACAGCAGCUCACAGGCUGACACAAGCUGGUACAUCUCUGACCAAGAAGACUUUAAGGGCUUUUUUUAGAAAUGCUCUUUGAGAGAUUCCCACUUCUCACUACAGAGCCCCACACAACACCCCACCUGCCCAACACUGGAGUGGUUGUAAAUCCUUCCACUGAUAUGGCAGUCAGGUAAAGGAAUUUUCUGGAAGCUUUUACUUUUAAUCCUAGAGGCUUUGAGGCUUUUCCCAAAUGCAAUCUUCGGUGGUUUUGGUUUUUUUUUUUUCCCCUCAACCAUUUCUUCAUCUCUUUCUACCUCCUUCAUAGUUUAAAAGCAAAGGAUCCAAUGUGAAACUUGAAUGCUCAUCCUACCCAUAGCCACACAAAACAUCAUUAUCCACAAAUUUGAGGUGGGUUUUGGAUAUUCAGGCUAAACACAAGGAUCAGACUUUCUUGCCCACACUGGCAAUUGAAACCCUGCUGAAAACAAGUAAAUGCGAAACAUUUAAUCUUUCCUAGCUCUCUUUGUUUCCUCUCUGACAUACCAGUAUGUCCACAAAACUAUUCUCUUUUUUUUCCUGCUUCCUCAUUAAAACAGAGUUUCUUUUUCCUGCUCCCUGAGGCUAUCUUCUUUUUGCAGCUCAACUUAUUUCACACUUUAUUCUUCUCUGAGUGCUCUCAACCUCUUCAAAAUUUCCCUAUUUAUAUUUGAAAAUUCUGAGAGCAUAACUCUGUUGAAAUAAAUAGAAGAUGUUUCUAUGCUUCAAAGUGCAGCCUGUGGUACAGACCUAACUAAUUUAUAACAAAUCCCAAAUAGCAAAAUACUUUCUUCAGACAGCAAAGUGUCUGUAAAAAAACUCGGAAAAAAAUUAAGCCUAAAUUUCCAUUUUUAUGAGGUUUUUAUCUCAUAAACUUCUACUUUUAUUCCUUUACUUUAGGCAUUUAUUUUUCAGCAAACUUUUAUCAUAGAAAUGGCUAGUUUUUCUCUGCUUUUCUGUCUCAGCAAGAAAAAUAAGUGGAUAUUUCUUCAUGACCUCUAAAAGAAAUCAUUGGCCCUGCAUGGAACAAUUUUUUCAUCAAAUUUCUGUCCAGAGCACAUUUUCCAGCACAUUAAUUGUACAAAGUACUGGAAACAAGUAUUGCAAUGGAAAUGCUGAUACAGCCUUAACUACAGAAAAAUGAUUGGUACUUCAACAGUGUCCUGUUUAAUUCCAACCACUCUGCAUCAGCCUGCUGGAUACUCCAGGCAGUUUUCCUUACAUAGAAUGAUAAUCAUCUUCUUCACCAUGUGGGCAAUAUCAGCACGUCACAGUCUACCCUGCUUACACAGCAAAAUCAUGAACAGAUAAGCCCAGCUUUGCUGGAGAAGGGAAAUAUCCCAGGGUAAGGCAGAGUGGCAGCCCUCUCCUCUGAGACUGUUUCUCAGUUUCCCAUCUGUAUGUUGGAUUUUGCACUGAGCUGCUCUGUAAAGGACAAGAAACAUCACUUUUCUUUCCAUAAACCAUUUGAGAAUAGGAUGUGAAAUAUUUUAGAUUUAGUCAUGGAUAGACAUUUUUUACAUGGGAAUUUGAAAAGAGAUGUCAGUCAAACAGAGUAAAAGUCUCCAUGAAUAGAGAAAUCUGAGUCUGCAACAUCUUGCAAUUCUGACUUGAUAGUUCUCUGAUCUUAUUUUCUUUCAACAGUAAGGACUGAACUUUUUUCUCACCACAUUGAAGAUAAUCCCUGACCUACAAAAACAUCCUGUUUGCCAGAAGCAGACAUUCUCUUGGAGGAAAUCCCAUUGGUUUCAGCUCCAUGUCAAGGGAGAUUUUGCAGGAUUUGGAGACAGCAGUGGUUAGUAUGUACCUCCCCAGGCAUAAGCCUUCAUUCCCAACAUGCAGACCCAAAUACUAAAUACGUAGGAUUAGUAGGAUGCGUGAUUUUGCCUUUACAGAAAAUGAAGGUGUUAUUGCAAAAUCCAGUUCUGAAUUCACCAUAGGUGGAAAAGCAAAGAAUGGUCAAGGACUCAGCCUUGCUAUUAUUGUACCUGUGUAGGAAUUUCAGAGAGAGCUCAUCCACCUGUGAAAGCUUAAACAGGGACAGCAUCAUGCCCUGAACAAGAAUUUGUUCUUUACUCACUACCUCAGAGAGCCACACUGCUCCUGAACAGCAUCAUGGAGCCUGUCCUAAGUCCCAGCUAUGAUAAAGUUGAAGCACAGUACUUAAGGUGAAACUUCUUAACACCAGGUUUUGUGAUGACACAGGUAUUGGAAUUCAAAGUUCAAAGCCAUUAAAUAUCUGCAGAAGUCUCUGGCACAGCUUUGCUCCAGAAAACCACCUCUCUCCCCAGCAGCCCAGGCACAGUCUGGGUGCUGGCAUGGCCCAGGGACAAUUCCCACCAGACAAUUCAAUUACAGUCACCCCAUUUUUGGACUACAGGACUGUUUUACAGUGUGAGCACUGAGAGACCACAUCAGCCUCCUUCAGGGCUGCAGAGCAAUCCUGAUGUGGCUUGAUUUAUUCUCAAAGUUAUAACUUUAGACAGCAAUGCAGCCUAUGUUCAUAGCGGUAUUUUACAUCUGAAGAUCUUCAUCUGGCAAAAUACUCAAGUAAAUGAUUUAGUUUAAUCAAAUUCUAAAGUCUCAUGGACUGGGACAUCUUUAAAUUUAAGCAUGUGUUUAAAUACUGAGCUAAAUAAGGAUGCACUUAUCUCUGUGCUUCAAGUUAAAUAAGAGCUUUGCAGAAAUAAAGGCUUUAAAAGAAAAGGCCUUUUUUCUCAUAACAUACUAAAUUCUACAAUUAUAGUGGCAAUUUCACAAUAUGUAGAAAAAACGUGCCAAGCACAUAUAUUUUUCAGGGUUUCAAUUUCCCUGAUGUAAGACAGCUCAGGGACAUUUUAGUGAUUUGUUACAGUCAUACAAUACUCAGGCAAGAACAAAGCCUCGCUGAGCACUUUUUCUGGAAAAAAAAUAGGAAGAUAUUUGACUCAGAAUGAGAAUGCAGUAUCUUGUGAUGUUAAAGCUCAUUUCUAAAAGAAAAAAAUGAAACUUUUCAUUUAAUGUAAUUCAUUAUUUCUUUCAAGUGACACACUAGAGAAGUGCUGGAUAUGUCUUUAUUAUGAAUAAGACAGGGAUUGCUCAAUGAAGUUAAAUUCAGCUUUGCCAAUAAAAUGAUAAUAACGCCCCCCAUAAAAAGAAAAAGAAAAAUGGAAAAAAAGUCUGGCUUUGUGCCUAGUGUAAAAUUUGUCAUGGCACCAUCUAUUUCUUUUUAAUUACAUUAAAUAUGGAUGGUGACAUAAAUAGGACAGAAGUGGAGAAUCACAUGUCCUGGGGCUGCAUCUGGUAAGGAAUACUUACAUACCCUGAGAAGAGAAAUCAAGUCUCCACUUGUGCAAAAACAAAUGCACUCCCAAGCCAUAAACAUGGUGAAUAAUCCCAUUGGCUUCAGUGCAGCCAUCAGGAUGCAUAUAAAGAUAUACACAUCAAUCUUUGAGGACUGGGGUAAACUGAUAUUCUACUGUGAAAAGGAAACAGAAUUUCUUAAGCCAAACAUUUCCUCAAAACCCUUAAAAAGGUUCAGUGUAAGUAAUCUCAGUCUCUUCCAAGAGCAAAACUUUUUGGAAAACUUUGCCUGAAAAUAUAAACUUGGUAGGUACACAGGCUCCAUAAGCAUUUAAGUGUGUAAUGAAAACCAUGAAGUAACUCCUCCCCUGGGAUGCCUUUAGACAAUACUUUGUGGAAGCAUGUGACCAGGUGGAAAGGAGCCUGCAAAAAUCAGAUAUUAGAAGUGUCCCCUCCUGGGCUACAGUCAAAGGAGCAAAAUGUGCACUGCAAUUCCUUGAGCUCAGAUGGAUCCUUUAGGAUGAGGGUCCUUGCACGAGUCUGGCAGCAGCUGCCAGAGCUGGGGAAUAGUCUGGGACAACCAGUUCUUAAACCUGAGGGCAUGUGCAUAAAAUGGGGUCAGGCCAAUGCCUCUGAGGCAUCUCUGCUCCUUGUGACUGCAAUGAAAACACAGAGAAGUGGCUUUGGGGUGAUGGGCAGUGACCAGUUUGCCUGUUCUCUUUGGUUGGUGGGGGUGAGCUGGGCCAUUAGGGCCCCACCAGGGCAGCUCAGUGACUGGAGCAGCACAAAUAAGGCAGCUGUGAGCAGCCAAGAGUUACUAAAACAGGGGCUGAAUUAAGCAGGUUCUGUAAGGAAAAUACAGGUCAUUUUUUCCAUUGUUUAUUUCCAUUUGCCCCUUCUUUCAACACAGUCAUGUUUUUUGGGAUUUUGUAAGCCCAUAAUGGUCAGACUUUCUACCUCCCUUUAAGUUGCAGAAUUUGUUUGACCUUUUUUUUUUUCUUUUUUUUUUUUUUUUUUUUUUUGGUAUGAAUGUGGAUUAGAUGUUUAAUUACUGGGAUUUCUCAGGUCUAGGCAACUUUACUAUGCUAUGGAUAAAUAACAUAAGUCAAUAUUGAUUUCCCUCCCUUGUAAAGCUCCCUUGUUGCCGAAAACUGUUAACGUUUUUCAACAUUCAACCAUGACCAUAUUUGUAUAACAGCCUUUUACUGAGCUUGAAAUUCUAUACCAAAUACUUAUGUCUUUUAAAGACUGAAAUCUUCAAUAAAAUAUGUUACUCGUAAAUAAUAGAAUUUCCCCUCUCUUCAAUAGAAGAAAGAUAGAAAGAUAUAGAAAUAGAAACAUCUUCAAUAGAAAGAUAUUCAGUAUUAAUCCAUAUUAUAUUUUCUCAGGUGCCUGUUGCCUUACAUUUAGAUUUAGAGGAAAUGAACAGGGUUUUUUAAGAGCAAAUGUGGAGUAAGAUGUUGGGCAGCAGCAGGAACUGGCACCUCCGUCCUCACAAGAGGUACAGGGCAUUUCAGGACUUGGGAAGAGUGGGUCAGAGCCAGGGAAUUGGCAGCCCUGAGCUGGCAUAUGGUCCCUCACUGAUUAUCUGCAGAUAGGCAAUUUACAGGUGCCCUGAAGCUGUGUGAAAUGCAACCAAAUGUUUCAAUUUCCCAGACAGAGCUGGCUCCACAAUGGCCUCCACAGAAGCCAGUUCCAUUCCUCACCUCCAGUGAGGAAUGGAACACUCCUGCCAGUGGAUCUUUUUUCCCCAGGUUUCCUCCUGGUUUCUCAUUCAGCCUUCUCCCCUCUCCUAACAACCCUGGCAGCUCUCACCUCCUCUUCCCACAGUGGUACAGUUGGAAUUUCAAGCCCUUACAAGUCAAAGGCAUGGGGCAAUCCUUCCCAGGAUUUCUUGACCAUCUCUGGGAAGACCAAAGAGAUCUUCCCACACUACAGCCCAGGGCUGCCCCAUGGUUCAGAGGUCUGUCCCUGCCUCUGUGCUACCUCUUCUCUUGCUCUCAGUAGUGCAGGUACCAGCAUGAGCAUCCCUCAGACCCUGCAGUUCACAGCGAGCUUCUAAGGACAUAUUAAAUCAUUCACACAUUCACUCACAUUCCUCCAUCCAGUGCAAAUGGGAAUAUUUGUGCUUUUCCUUCAUCUCUGUCUGUAUCCUGAAGUUCUGGUCUGUGGCACCCUGUCUAGAGGGAAUGUACUGGACUAAGAUUAUGUGCCUGGUUUCCUUUCAAAUGAAAACAGGCAGAAAACACAACACAGAAAUUUUCACCUGAACGUGAGGAAGAACUUAUUAGCUGUAAGGGUGAUGGGGCACUGGAACAGAUUGCCAAGAGAGGUUUUGGAAUCUCUUUGUCUGGAGAUACUCCAAAGUCUUCUGAACACGAUCCUGAUUUAUACACUUUAAGGGACCCUGAUUGAGGGGGGUUGGACUAGAUGUCCUCCAGUUGUCCUUUCCAACCUGAACCAUUUUUGUUUCAUUCAACUAGGUGGGUAAAAAGUAGAAAAUCUCUAUUCUUCUUCUAAUAGAUUUAUUUCAAAGGGAAAAAGAAUUUUCCUCUAUUGCAUCAUAGCUACUAACACAGCUUUUUUUGGGAGAAGGUGUUAACACCUGCCAAGGUGAAUGAAGCAGAGCCAGUGAUGUCUCAAGGCCAGGUUAGAUGGGGCUUGAAGCAACCUGGUCUAGUAAAAAGUGUCCCUGCCCUACCAGGGAGGGUGAAACUAGGUGAUUUUUAAGGUCUCUCCCACCCAAACCAUUCCAUGAUUUGAUAAUUCUAUUUCUUCUUGCCUGAGUAGGUCCUGCUGUUUCUGAUUGUGUUGAUUCUGUGCUAGUUUCAUUUUCAUGAGGGGGGAUGCAGAUUUGACCCAGUUACAGAAUACCCUAGAGAACAAAAAGGGUUUUUUCACUGUAUUCCAAGGAAUAGUUCAAAAACUCCCUAAAUUAUUAUGAAUAAGAAAAGAUAGCCUAGAACCGUGGCAUGAAUUUCUUCUCUUCAUUGCCACAGACAUAGAAAACGUUGACCAAGUUUUCUGUGCAUGUUGCAAAUAAAACAAAUAGAAACUCAUUUCAACCAGCAAGGCCCUAAACCUGCUGAGCUCCUAAAGACAGGGUAAUCUAUGUCUGGCUAAAAGAGAGAGAUCCCAAAGGGUUGAGACUGCAUGCAGGUUUGAUAGAAGCCAUAAUAUGAUGAGAGCUUUGGCAAAAAUAUUUGCUAUUAAAAUUAGGGGUGGGGGGGAAAACUUUAAUAUGAGUUUUGCAAAAAAGUUUCACUUCCCCCCCAGCCUGGGUUUGGUCUGGGAAAUUACAACAAUAAAGUAAAAUUAAUGACAACAAAUCUGUCUUUCAGAGGCAGGUUGGACCUGCUGGCUGCAGCAUCUCUAGUUUGUAUCUGGCCACUAUAAAGAAACAGCAAUUGCUGUUCUGGCAUAUAAAAUAACAGCUGAAAAUACUGGGGUUUUGCUAUUUUAGCUUAUAU